UUUUAGUUUCAAUGUCUUGGUUUGGACGACGAUGUUCCUCGAUUUGUGGAGGUUGAUGAUCUCGAAACCUAGAAAAUAAAACUAACCAUUGCAAUUCUCCAAACUCCUUCGAUCAAAGUCGUAAAAUGGAUCAAGUGACUAGAUUGCUUGCCACCUCACAUCCAUGGUUUCAGCCUCCCAAACCGCAUCUAGUAAUAUCCUCCUGUCCCCAUCGAGUCAUCAACCUCCUGUUGCUUUCAGCUCCCAUCCAAACAGCGACGCUUGCUGCGACGGAGGCUCAAACGAAUGCAGAAAUCAAUAGGAACGCAGAAAAAGAAAAAGGAAAUCUGCAGCAAUGCCAGCCCCAACCUACCUAUCUCCUCCCUCCCUCCCCCUCCACCACACCGCCAUCGCCACCGCCACCGCCACCGCCAGCGCGAGCCUCCUCUCCGGUGGCCGCAGCCGUCGCAGCUGCCGACGGCAUAUGUCAGGUACCUCCGGGUAGACUCCCACCCGGUCUCGUGCUUCUUAAAGCCAAGGUCGGCGAUGGCGACGGCCAUGUCGACGGAGGGGACGAGCUCCUCCUGGCUUCGCGGCGACACGCCGUCCUCGGCGUGGCCAGGGUCCUCUUCGCGGCGGCGAACGAGCGGUGCCUGCGGGGCAUGGACCGGGCGGCGCUCGGGCGCGGGAGCUUCUUCGCGGGGGCCAUGGCCAACUCGUGGAGGGUGCUCAUGCAGGGGCUCGCGUCGCUCAUGUUCCUCUGCGCGCGCGCCGAUGAGUAUGUCCGGCAGCCGCCGAGCCCGCUUGUGCUGACGGCCCACGACAAGCCGGCGGCUCAUCCUCAGCAGGUGCACAUUUCAACUGUGGGAAGGGACAAGAUGAGGAUUUCAUGGGUCACUGACGACCGGAGCACGCCGUCGGUGGUGGAGUACGGCGAAUCCCGGGGCAACUACACCGCGUCGGCGACGGGCGACCACGUGACGUACAAAUACUUCUUCUACGAGUCCGGCGCGAUCCACCACGUGACGAUCGGCCCGCUGGCGCCCAGCACGACCUACCACUACCGGUGCGGCAAGGCCGGCGACGAGCUCACCCUCCGGACCCCUCCGGCGUCCCUCCCGCUCGAGCUCGUCGUGAUCGGCGACCUGGGCCAGACCCGGUGGACGGCGUCGACGCUGGCGCACAUCGGCGGCGCGGACUACGACAUGCUGCUGCUCCCGGGCGACCUGUCGUACGCGGACACGCAGCAGCCGCUGUGGGACUCGUUCGGGCGGCUGGUGCAGCCGCUGGCGAGCGCGCGGCCGUGGAUGGUGACGGAGGGCAACCACGAGGCGGAGGCGCUCCCCGUGGUGGGCUUCGCGCCCUUCGUCGCCUACAACGCGCGGUGGCGGAUGCCGCACGAGGAGAGCGGCUCCGCCUCCAACCUCUACUACUCGUUCGACGUGGCCGGCGGGGCGGCGCACGUGGUGAUGCUGGGAUCCUACGCCGAGUUCGAGGAGGGGUCGGAGCAGCGCGCGUGGCUGGAGCGGGACCUCGCCGGCGUGGACCGGCGGAGGACGCCGUGGCUGCUGGUGCUGCUGCACGCGCCGUGGUACAACACCAACCAGGCCCACCAGGGGGAGGGCGAGGCGAUGCGCGCCGCCAUGGAGGCGCUCCUCUACGAGGCCCGCGUCGACGUCGUCUUCUCCGGCCACGUCCACGCCUACGAGCGAUUCACGAGGAUCUACGACAACGAGGCCGACGGCCGGGGCCCGAUGUACAUAACCAUCGGCGACGGCGGCAACAGAGAAGGGCUUGCUCUCAAGUUCCUGGAGGAUCACAAGUCGGCGCACCUGUCGGUGUUCCAGGAGGCGAGCUUUGGGCACGGCCGGCUGAGGAUCGUCGACGAGACGAGCGCCGUCUGGACGUGGCACCGCAACGACGACGAGUACGCCACCGUCCGCGACGAGGUCUGGCUGGAGAGCUUGGCUAGUCCAAAGCUAUCCAUGGCAGCCACCAGUCGUCACGACGAGGAGUUGUAGAAUGUUGCAGAUCAGUACACACCCUACUGUUGGGACCGCCGGGAAAUCAAACUCUUUAAUUGGGUCAUAAGGCAGCACUCCCACUAGUACAGAAUGAUGCUCACAGUUCGUUCGAAACACGUGUGUGAUAAGUCGAGAUAAUGCACACGAUUGAAAUACAAGAACCGUGUGUGUUCAUGGGCAAA